CUUUCAUUAGCAAAGCUAAGAUGAAUCCUGCAUUUUGGGAGAUCACGGCCUGGCAUAUACACUCGUACAAAAUGUGUUAGAGUGUGCGAUGUUUAUCUUGAAAUUAUUAAACAGAUACAAAAUAAAUUUCUGUCCUUUUUGGAGCAAAAUUUAAGGCAAAACAUCGUUUCAAAUUGCACCAACUACAUAUUUAAGAGAAGACAAAGAAAUCAUGGCUAAGGACUUCUACAAAAUUCUCGGCCUAUCACGCAAUGCCAAGGACGAUGAUAUCAAAAAGGCUUAUCGGAAGCUAGCUCUCAAAUAUCAUCCGGACAAGAACAAGAGCGCCCAGGCCGAGGAGCGCUUCAAGGAGGUGGCCGAGGCUUACGAGGUGUUGUCGGACAAAAAGAAACGCGACAUCUACGAUCAGUAUGGCGAGCAGGGUCUGCAGCGUGGGGUGCCCAGCCAGCAUAGUCAGAGGAGCGGUGGCAGUACCAGCUUCACCUAUCAAUUCCAUGGCGAUCCCCGCGCCACCUUCGCCCAAUUCUUUGGCUCAAACGAUCCAUUUAGCACGCUAUUUGGCGAAAACUUCGCCCACAUGUUCAUGGCCGAUGAUGAUGCGUUAUUCAGCCGUGGUGGGGAAGGUCGAUCGCGCAUGGUUCAAGACCCACCCAUAGAGCAUGACCUUUUCAUUCCGCUGGAGGACAUCAAUAAGGGCUGCAAUAAAAAGAUGAAGAUAACGCGUGUCUCGCUGGCCUCAGGCCGGCCCGUCAAAGAGGAGAAGGUACUCGACAUUGUCGUCAAGCCUGGCUGGAAAGCCGGUACGCGCGUCACCUUUCAGAAGGAGGGCGAUCAGGCCCCAAACAAAAUUCCCGCCGAUAUUGUCUUCAUUAUACGUGAUAAGCCGCAUCCGUUCUUCCGGCGUGAGGGCAGCAAUAUCUUCUACACGGCUCAGGUUACACUCAAGCAGGCACUCUGUGGCACCCAAGUGCAGAUUCCAACGCUCGAAGGUGAUCGCAUUACGAUCAAUACAAAGGGCGAGGUCAUCAAGCCUAAUCUUAUGAAACGGUUCGCCGGACGGGGUCUGCCCUAUCCCAAGGAUCCGUCGCAUCGUGGCUUGUUAUGCGUCGACUUCAAUAUCUCGUUUCCGGAUACACUGCCAACGCAGUUGACCGCCAAACUGGGCGAAAUAUUGCCGAACUAGGCAAAGUUGACCUUCUGAUGUGCAUAUAUUUUGAUGUUCUUGCCCCAACUAACUAUCUAUUCGCAAAUAAAGAUCAAAUUUUUUGUUCAGUGA